UUUUUUUUCCGGAGCUGAGGACCGAACCCAGGGCCUUGUGCUUGCUAGGCAAGCGCUCUACCACUGAGCUAAAUCCCCAACCCCUAGUUGAAUAUUUUUAAACAGGGUCUUACUCUGUAACCCAGGCUAGCCUCUAACUCCCACUACAAUUCUCCUACCUCAGACUCCUAAGUGAUGGGAUUACAGACCCAGGCCAAUAUGCUAGGUUCAACCCUGCAUAUAGCACCUAGCUUUCGUGGGCCUUUGGAUCUCAGCUCCAGAAUGAAAGGCUACAUAGAGAAAUUCAGUCCCUGAAAUAAGAUUUUCAUAAAACAAAGGCUACAGUCCAUGACAGAGCUUCCCAAAGGUUAUCCCUAAUGCGAAAAGUGGAUCCUUUCCCUCCGAACUCCCUUUGCUCAUCCUUGGUGUGCAUUGCUUUGAUAAACAGGAUUUGCUUUCCUUCAGGUGGGUGUCAUGUAGCCCAGUCUGACUUGAAUUCACUAUAUACCAAGAAUAUCCUUAAAAUCUUUUUUUUUAAUGUAUGAGUACACUCUCACUCUCUUCAGACAAAGCAGAAGAAGGCAUCAUCAGAUCCCAUUAUAGAUGGUUGUGAGCCACCAUGUGAUUGCUGGGAAUUGAACUCAGGACCUCUGCAAGAGCAGUCAGUGCUCUUAACCUCUGAGCACAGUGAUUUCAAGUUGUUCUCUCCAGCCCUGGCCUUGAACUCUUGAUCUUUUUGCCUAUCUCCAGCACAAGGAUUACCAGUGUGCACCACCAUGCUGAGUUCAUGCAAUCCUGGGAUGGAACCCAGAGCAUCCUGCUUGCUAGAAACACACUGUCAACUGAGGUCCGUCUGAAGCCCCACAAUUCAUCCAUUGUUUAAUCCCAAGACAAGCUCACAGUGUGUAGAAUGUUAUAUACGUAGUCCGUGAAGUGUUUAUCACUGUGUGCUUACUGCUUUGCCAAGAUGUAGGACUGUUUCAUAAAGGAAAAUCCACCGAUAGGAUAAAAGGAUAAACAGGGGACAAACAAGAUGGCUAUAGGGGAUAGGUGUUUGCCACCAAUCCCAAGUCCCAGGAUCCCCACAUGGGGUGGGGGCAGGAGAGAACAGAUACCUGCAAGUUGUCCUCUGACCUCCAAACCGAUUCUGUAUCAUGGGCAUGUCCCCACACAUUCACACAAAAUAAAUGUAAGUAAAUAAAAUGGGGCAUCCAGAAAAGAGCCUUGCAGAGGUCUCCACUACAGUCACCAAGAAGGCCAGUAGUCAGCUGGCCUCUUGCUUUUGGUGAACAUGCAGCCCAUGUGCUCAGGGACACGCCUCCUGUUGUUUAGAACCCAAGCAAACCCAAAAGUGGAUGCUUCAUAACGGGAUACAUCUGCAAGAUCCAUAAACCUCAGCUUGCAGUCGCCAGGUCAGUCUCUCAGGUCCAGUCUCACUAAAGCAGAGCCUGGGCAGAGAGACACUGGUUACUCACAAGGAGGGGCCUGACUUCCUGGUAUAAACGAAGCAAAGUCAGUCCAACCCUGGGGAGCUGAGACAAGAUGUGAGGACGUGUGUGUCUUAACAUACAAACCACAGCCAGGUAGUGGUGGCAAAGGUCUUUAACCCCAGCACUGAAGAAGCAGAGGCAGGUGGAUCUCUGUGAGUUCGAGGUUUGCCUGUGGUACAGAGUGAGCUCCAGGACUACACAGCCAAGGCUACACAGAGAGACUCUAUCUCAAAAAAGCAAGUUAAGAAAAAAAUGUGGACUGUGGAAGACAAAAUGAAAAAGGGUGAAGACAGUUCACAGAUGCUAAAGUAUUUUUCCAGACUAAAUAUUCUGGCAAGGAGCUCCUACCUGAGUGGGAUGAUGUCAUUAGGUGUGAAGGGAAAAUAGGCCCAACAAAUGAAUAGAGAGCAGAUGUGACUGCGUACUGUCGUCAGUACAGCAUCAUGAGUGCUGAGGCUGGAGUAUCAAAAGUCCCAGGCCAGCCUGGGCAACAGCCUGAAACAGUAUCAAAAUAACAAUUCAAAAUAAUUUUAUGGGGGCUGGGGAUUUAGCUCAGUGGUAGAGCGCUUACCUAGGAAGCGCAAGGCCCUGGGUUCGGUCCCAGCUCCGGAAAAAAAGAACCAAAAAAAAAUAAUAAUAAUUUUAUGUUAUUACUCAAGGGUGGAGACCUUUCCCCCAGUGAGGGCCUGGGGGCGUGGCUCAGUGGUAGAGCCCCUGCCUAGAAUCCUCCAGGGAGGGGCUGGGGUGUGGCUCAGUGGUAGAGCCCCUGCCUAGAAUCCCCCAGUGAGGGGCUGGGGCGUGGCUCAGUGGUAGAGCCCCUGCCUAGAAUCCCCCAGUGAGGGGCUGGGGGCGUGGCUCGGUGUAGAGCACCUGCCCACUAGCCACAAGCCCAAGUACUGCAAGGAAAACUUAAAAAUCAACCUCCUUUAGCCGUGCGGGGGCGCUCGUCUGCCAUGCCAGCACUCAGGAGGAGCAGGAUUUCAAGAGUAGCCAGGGUUGCAGUUUGACACUCUACCUCACAAAAGAGGCCUGGAUGGAUCCCUCAACUUUCUAAGACUACAUUUAGGAGGCAGCCAAAAAGCCAGAAGGGCAUGGCCGUGCACACUUUUAAUCCUACCACACCAAAGGCAGACGAAGGGAGAUCUCUGUGAGUUUGAGGCCAGCCUGGUCUACACAGCUAGUUCCAGGUUGACAUAGUGAAACCCUAGUUCGAAAGAAAAGAGUAGCCCAAAGAAAUAAGUCUUCUUUGGUAUAAGAUUGGGAACAAGGAGUUGGGCAUGGUGGCGCAUACCUUUGAUCUCAGCACGCAGUAGGCAUGCGCAGGUGAAUACAGUUUACCUGGUGUACACAGUGGGUUCCAGACCUGCCAGAGCUACGUGUACACGGUGAGACCUUAUCCCAAAGGGAAAAAAGGAAAAAGAAAAAGUGUGCCGGGGCGAUGUCUCACUCAUUAAGAGUGCUUGCUGCUCUUGCAAAGGACUCAAAUUCGAUUCCCAGGUCCCCCCACAUCAGGUGCUCACAACCACCUAAGAACUCCAGCUUCAGAAAAUCUGACAUAGACAUCUCGUCUCCAAGGGCCCCUGAACAUAUGUGGCAUUAGCUCAUACACACGUGCACACAUACAAAUAAAUAAAAGUUAAAAAAAAAAAUCUUCAAAAAUCGCAGCCAAGAGGACGGCUACAGUAUGGAUCAUGACCACUAGGUGGCGGUGCUUGCCCAUCAAUUUGGUUCCCGUUUGCGACAAGGGGAACAGGCAGGGUUCUGAAUGAGAUUUAAAAUUGCAGUCAGAAGCAGGGAGUGUGGCGCAGUGGUAACGUGCUCACCAAGCAUAUGCAAGUUCUUGAAUUCUAACCAUAGCCCCACCAAGGUAAACGUCUGUGGUCUUUGAAACAGAGUCUAAUGUAGCUCUGGCCGGUAUGGAACUUGCUAUGUUGCUUGAACUCCUGAUUCCCCUGCCUCCACCUCCUGGAUGCCAGGAUCACAGGCAAGCACUACCAAAUCCAGUGUCAAUUCUAAAACAUAUGUUUCAUUUAUGUAUUUGGAGAUGGGGUGAAUGUACACCACAGUAUACGUGCAGAAGUUAGGAAACAUCUUUAGGGAGUCACGUCUCUCCCUCCACUGUAUAGGUUCCAAGAAUGGGUUCGAGAAGUUCAGACUGAAAAGACAUCUGUAUUUAUCCUCUGGGCCAUCUCCCCACGCCACAAUUAAAAGCUGUUCAUAGACUUCUUUUCUUUUUGAAACAAGACCUGACUGUAUGGCCUUGGCUCGCCUGGAACCCGUUAUGUAAAGCAGAUUGAUGUGGAACUCAGUGUUCACCUGUCUUUGCCCCUGAAGUGCUGGGACUGAGGCCAAAUGGAUGUCUCAUAUUGUCUAUCCCAAACGCAACCUCGGUGUUCGAAAUACUACUAUGACAAAGCUGAGAUGGUGGCACAAGCUUGUCUUCUCAGCCCUUGGGAGGCAGAGGCAGAAGGAUCAGUUCAUGGCCAUCCUUGGCUACAUAGUGAGUUUGAGGCCAGCCUGGGAUACAGGAGACCUUGUCUCAAAAUCAAGCAGGGGAAGGAAAAGAGAAAAUCAGUAGAGCCUAUGACAAGGUCCCGGCUGCUGCGUCGUAUGUUCUAAUUUUUAUUCAAGGUUCCCUGCUUUGUUCUCUGUUCCUUUCUCACAAAACUGUCUUUGCUACUCAUAACAUUUACUUCCAUGAAAAUUUAAAAGUCAACUUGUCAAGCAGCAUUAAUAAAAAUCCCACUGGGUUUUAUUAUUUGAGAUUGCAUUAAGCGCCUGAGUUAAUUGAGAGACGCUAACUACGGCAUUUCAACCUUGAGUGCUCCUACUCACGAAGGGCAGCAUUCACGAGUGUCAAUAAGGGCGCAGGUCUGAAUGGACCCUGCACUCUGCUUGUUGCUAAACACUGUCCAUGUUUCUUACUUUAGCCUUUCUUGCUGAUAGUUAUUUUUUAUGAGCAAUUGGUAUCUUAUUUAUUACUUUUGAGACAGGGUCUCAUUUGCAGCUCUGGCUGACCUGAAACUUGCUAUGUAAACCAGGCUGGCCUUGAACUCACAGAGAUCUCCUGCCUCUGCCUCCGAGUAGUGUUUAUUUAAUUUUAGGAGGUGCGUGCUCGUAUGUUCAAAUGGAGUCCAGAUGGCACCACCCACUUGUGUGUGUCAGCUUCCUCCCCUGCCCCCACUUUUUUUUUUUUUUUAAUUUUCAAGAUGGGGUUUCUCUGUGUAGCCCUGGCUGUCCUGGGACUUGCUGUGUAGACCAGGUUGGCUCCAACUCAAGAGAUCCACCUGCCUCUGCCUUUCUGGUACUGGGAUUAAAGAAGUGUACUACCACCACCUGACUAUUUUUAAUAAAUUAGGAUAUAUUUACUCAGAUAUAGUAGCCUAAGUCUUUAACCCCAGCAUUCAGGAGGCAGUUGGAUAGACCCUGUCUCCUGUGACCUGUGACCUUGACAUAGGGAGGACAGGAGGAAAUGGGGAUCAGUUGGGCCAUGUUGUCCUCCUGAGGUUCUUCAUCUCCCAAGUGGAGAUGUCAAGAGCAACGCAGAUCUCACGUUCAGAGGAAUGGUCUAGACCAAACACGAGUACAUCGCCAGUUUGGGUGCUUCGUUUGGUUUGUUAUUGGUUUUUGGUUUGUUUUUUUUUUUCCGGGGCUGGGGAUUGAACCCAGGACCUUGCGCUUCCUAGGCAAGCGCUCUACCACUAAGCCAAAUCCCCAACCCCGUUAUUGUUUUUUUGAGACAGGGUUUCUGUGUAGCCCUGGCUGUCACAGAACUUGCUCUGUAGAUCAUGCUGGCCUUGAACUCAGAGAUCCGCCUGCCUUUGCCUCCAGAGUGCUGGGAUUAAAGGCCUAUACCACCACCCAACACAGAAAUGAUAUUUAAUAACCCUGAGACUAGGUAAGAUAAGUGAAGGACUGAGGGCAGGCAGCAAAGAGAUUCGAGGCAGAAAGUAGGAAACGUUGCAGCAAUCUAGCCACCAAGCACGGUGCCAUGCUUGACACAGACGCUGGGAAUCCAACUUUGGUCUUCUGAAAGCACACGACCAGCUGAGGCCACUUCUCCAACCCCCUUUCAAGUAAAUUUUAAAGCAAGAAACUGAAACUCUUAUAAAGUGGGACUGGAGAGAUGGCUCAGCGGUUAAGAACACUUUCUGCUUUUGCAAGGGACACAAGAUCAGUUUCUGGCAUCCAUACCAUUUAUAACUCCGGGUUCAGAAGAUAUCAUGACCUCUUCUGGCCUUUCUGCGCUGCAUGUGCACUGGCUGACAAAAUACUUAAAGCAGACGGUGCCUUGGGAAUAGCUCCUGAGAUACGCAUCCACACAAACACAUGAACAUAUAACUGACACAGGCCUAAGAAAAUUUUAAAGGAAACGCAACGCCCAGAUUCCAAAGGGGGUAUGGUGGCACAGGCCUUUAAUCCCAACACUCGGGAGGCAGAGCCAAGUGGAUCUGAGUUCGAAGCCAGCCUGGUCUACAGUGCGAGUCCCAGGGUAGCCAAGGCUACAAAACAAACUGUCUCGAAAACAAAAAAUGGAUACUGACUGCCUGCGUACGUAACACUUGAGGUGUCCUCUUGCCACCACAUGCACACACCCACGCACAACCAAGUUUUUAAAAGCUAUGUCUACCAAGAAAGGCCAUGCACAUUCAGGGGAGGCGUGAAGACACGUGCAAGCCACGCACCCCAGCUGGCAGCCUCGCGGAAGCCGUGCUGAAGCGCACCGGAAGUGGCCGUCCCCAUUGGGGGUGCUUCGGACAGGCGCGGGAAGCCGACCUUCCAGGAAGCAAACAAAGACAAAAAAAAAAAAAUUAAAAGAGAAAAAAACUAAUAAAGACGAAAAAAGGAAAGGGAGCGUAAAGAGUCCGGUGGAGAGGAGGCGCCUCUGCCCACGCUCCCUCGACCCCCGUGCUCCGGUCGCCUGCCAAGGGCCGCUGCGCACGCGCAACCCAGGCUUCAGACCCCCGGUGCGGCCCGCACGGCAGGGCCUUCAGAAACAAUGGCCCAAGUAGCAGUGUCCACCCAGCCCAUGGGCAAUGAGUCCUCAGACGGCAGGAUGGUGGUGACGUUCCUCAUGUCUGCCCUGGAGUCCAUGUGUAAAGAGCUGGCCAAGUCCAAGGCUGAGGUGGCCUGCAUCGCUGUAUAUGAGACGGACGUGUACGUGGUGGGGACGGAGCGAGGCUGUGCCUUUGUCAAUGCCAGACAGGAUCUCCAGAAAGAUUUUGCACAGCACUGCCAGGGGGAAGGGCUGCCUGAAGAAAAGCCACUGUGUCUGGAAAACGGGGCAGCCUGCCCUGGAGAAGCCCAGCUGCUCAGAAGAGCGGUGCAGGACCAUUUCUGCCUUUGUUACCGUAAAGCACUGGGGACGACAGCCAUGGUCCCUGUUCCUUACGAGCAGAUGCUUCAGGAUGAGGCAGCCGUGGUGGUUCAGGGCCUCCCGGAAGGCCUGGUCUUCCAGCACCCUGACAAUUACAGCCUUGCCACCCUGAAGUGGAUCCUGGAGAACAGAGCCGGAAUCUCUUUCGUCGUAAAGAGACCUUUCCUAGGUGCAGAGAGCCAGCUGGGUGGUCUUGGGACGGUGACAGAUGCCGAGAGGCCGGCAGCGCCACCAAAUGACAGCUACGGUCCCGUCAGUGUGAAAACUGAACCCAUGGAAGAUUCCGGCACUUCGCCAAUGGCAGCGGCCGUGCUAAUCAAGACAGAGUCUGAAGAUCCUAAUUUCAGUCCGUGUAAUGCACAAGGAAGCCAGCAUCCUUCUGCCAGCAGUGAAGUCAUCGAAAUGGAGCUACCGUCUGCAGGGUCUACUCCAGUGGUCUCUUCAGAGACCAAUGAGGACGCCGAGGCUGAGGUGAAAAUGGAAGGAAACGCAAAUCCGUCCAGCACUGUAAACUCUGCGGCAGGCGUUGAGGACCUUAAGAUCAUACAGGUGACAGUCCCAGAUAAUGAGGAGGAGAGGCUCUCGGGCCUCGAGAAAAUUAAGCAACUGCGAGAACAAGUGAACGACCUCUUCAGCCGGAAGUUUGGGGAGGCGAUCGGAGUGGACUUCCCCGUGAAGGUCCCCUACAGGAAAAUCACCUUCAACCCCGGCUGUGUGGUGAUCGAUGGCAUGCCCCCGGGGGUGGUGUUCAAAGCCCCCGGAUACCUGGAGAUCAGCUCCAUGAGGAGGAUCCUGGAUGCUGCAGAUUUCAUCAAGUUCACCGUCAUUAGACCACUUCCUGGACUUGAACUCAGUAAUGGGCAAGCGAUAGGGAGUUGCCAAAUCACCAUCCCAUGUCUCUAUAAAGUGGGGAAACGGAAGAUAGACCAGGAGGGCCGCGUGUUUCAAGAGAAGUGGGAGCGAGCGUAUUUCUUCGUGGAGGUGCAGAACGUCCCCACGUGUCUGAUCUGCAAGCAGAGCGUGUCUGUAUCCAAGGAGUACAACCUGCGCCGCCACUACCAGACCAACCACAGCAGGCACUAUGACCAGUACUCCGGGCAGGCGCGGGAAGAGAAGCUUCGAGAGCUGAAGAGGGGACUGCGGAAGUAUCUCCUGGGGGCCUCGGAGAUCGUGUGUCCAGAGCCAACGCUCUCGAAUGCAAGUCCACCCACGAACUCCGUGGUGCAGCCGGUGGAAGACGUGGCCGGGAGCUUAUGGGAGAAGUUACGACAGAAAAUCCGGUCCUUUGUGGCAUACUCCAUCGCCAUCGAUGAGAUUACAGAUAUCAAUGACACCACCCAGCUGGCCAUCUUCAUCCGUGGCGUCGACGACAACUUCGACGUGUCCGAGGAACUUUUGGACACCGUGCCCAUGACAGGCGCCAAAUCCGGGAACGAGAUAUUCCUGCGCGUAGAGAAGAGUCUCAAGAAGUUCAGCAUCGAUUGGUCCAAGCUGGUGAGCGUGGCCUCCACGGGCACGCCGGCCAUGAUGGAUGCCAACAGCGGGCUGGUGACGAAGCUCAGAGCCAGGGCAGCUUUAUGUUGCAAGGGAGCCGACCUCAAGUCCGUGCGCUGUAUCAUUCACCCUGAGUGGCUGUGCGCGCAGAAUUUAAAGAUGGGCCACGUCAUGGACGUGGUGGUAGACUCGGUGAACUGGAUCUGCUCCCGGGGCCUGAACCACAGCGACUUCACAACGCUGCUCUACGAGCUGGACAGUCAGUACGGCAGCCUACUGUACCACACGGCCCUCAAGUGGCUGGGCCGAGGGCUGGUCCUCAGAAGGUUCUUCGAAUCAUUGGAGGAAAUAGACUCGUUCAUGUCUUCUCGGGGCAAACCUGUGCCACAGCUCAGCUCUCGGGACUGGAUCCUGGACCUGGCCUUCCUAGUGGACAUGACGACACACCUCAAUACCCUGGAUGCCUCCCUCCAAGGCCAUUCACAGAUCGUGACCCAGAUGUACGACUUCAUCCGGGCCUUCCUAGCGAAACUGUGCCUCUGGGAGACACAUCUGGCCAGGAACAACCUGGCCCACUUCCCCACGCUGAAAUCUGUUUCCCGGAGUGAGAGCGACGGGCUCAACUACAUCCCCAAGAUCGUAGAACUGAAGGCGGAGUUCCAGAAGCGCCUGUCGGAUUUCAAAUCUUGGGAGAGCGAGCUCACCCUGUUCAGCUCCCCUUUCUCCACCAAGAUUGACAGCGUGCGGGAGGAGCUCCAGAUGGAGGUGAUCGACCUGCAGUGUAACACGGUGCUGAGGACCAAGUUCGACAAGGUGGGCGUCCCGGACUUCUACAAGCAUCUAUGGAGCAGCUACCCCAAGUACAGGAGCCACUGUGCCAAGAUGCUGUCGAUGUUCAGCAGCACCCACAUCUGCGAGCAGCUCUUCUCCAUCAUGAAGCUGAGCAAGAAAGAGGCGCAGUGGGGCUCAGCGCUCCAGGCCGCAACGUGAGGGGGCGGAAGGCGGGAGCCUGUAAUUCCAGUACUGGGGAGGCCAAGGCAGGAAGAUCUGACUUCGAGUUUGAGGUCAGCCUGGGCUACCUAUCAAGACCCCAUUUCAAUAGAGAGAAAUUGCAGGAAGAGAAAAAGAAGGAAAUCUGGCCAUUCCUCCAUGUGGAGACCUAGAAUGUUCCAGACCUAAUAGGCUGUGAGACCAGAACAACAGACCAUUAAACCUCUUGCUUUAAUAAAGAUAACCAUUAAACCUCUCGGUUUAAUAAAGAUAAUGUUCGGGGCUGGGGAUUUAGCUCAGUGGUAGAGCGCUUACCUAGGAAGCGCAAGGCCCUGGGUUCGGUCCCCAGCUCCGAAAAAAAGAACCAAAAAAUAAAAUAAAAUAAAUAAAUAAAUAAAGAUAAUGUUCCCUCUGCCCCCACUUUGAAUUGGGAUGUUAAUUUACACAUCACACCUCUUCAGAUGACCUUUGACACCUGUCUGUUGUUCGGAAAAGCCCCUAACUGUUGUAGUUCCAGUCGCUGGCUGCUCUUGGCUUCACUGACCUGUACCACUCCUCCAUGCUGUACCGUUUCAAUAAACCCACUGUGAAAGA